AUGCCGUUCAACAAAGCGAUCAAGUUGACCCUGCGGGAGAAACUCGAUUUCUUCCCUGCUUUAGUAUCCAUCUGGAUUACUGCUGUAUGGGCCAUUCUGACCGGAUUCCGGCGAGAGUCCAACCAGCCCAAGACUCUGUUCCUUCAUAUAGGCUAUGCGGUGUUCCGUAAGGCGACAACCCGCUUGUCCAUCGCGCAGAUGCAAUAUGUACUCCCACCCACCAACAAGAUCUACGAGACAUAUAUCAAGAAAACCAAGCGAUUAUCUCACACCAUCGACCUGGGAAAAGGCUCCUUCGGCCACUGGAUUGGAGACGCCAAAGCAGACAACGUCCUGAUCUGGUACCACGGAGGAGGCUUCGCCCUCCCCGCCAACCUGGGCUACUUCAAAUUCUUCGCCAACCUGGUCGACCACGCCGCGCAAUGCAACAAGUCCCUCGCCGUCUUCAGCCUCACCUACACCCUCGCCCCGCAGGCGACGUAUCCCACGCAGCUCCGCCAGGCAGUCGAGUGCCUCCGUUACAUCCUCACCACCACCCCGCACCAGCCCAGCCGCAUCUUCCUCGGCGGCGACUCGGCAGGCGGCAACCUCGUCGGCGGCGUGCUGUCGCAUCUGGCCCAUCCGCACCCGCAGAUCGAGCCCGUGUCACUGAACGAGAACCUCGCGGGCGCGGUGAUGAUCGCCCCGUGGACGCUGCUGGAGACGGACUUCUCCGAGCGCAGGAUCGACUCCAGCGGGGAUUUGAUCACGCCGGCGGUUGCGGGCCCGUGGGCGGGGGCGUACCUGGGCGCCGCGAAGAGGGACUUUUAUACGGAUUUGUCGAAUGCGGAGGCUGAGUGGUACUCUACGUUUCCUGUGGAUGGGGUGUUGAUUUGCGCUGGCGGGAAUGAGAUUCUGUUGCCGAUUAUACAGGACUUUGCGGAUAAGUUCAAGGCUGGCUUCCCCUCGUCGGAACUGUUUAUUGGGCAUCGAGAGGGUCAUGUUGCUCCCAUUUACAAUCUGGAACUGGGUGAUACGACCGAGACGGAGCAGGGGAUGAGAGUCAAGGGGUGGUUGACGAAACGGUUGUUGUGA